AUGCCAGCAGAAGCCCUUGCCAAUCUAGCUCGAGUUCUUCGCAUCACUCCGGAGACAUUUGAGGAAGCCAUUGAAGCAGCAGCGGAUGUGCUGCUUCGCGGUGGGGUCGUUGCUCUUCCAACUGACACUCUAUAUGGUGUAUCGACACUCAUCGAACAUUCGGAUAAGCUGUAUUCGCUGAAAAGGCGUGAAAGAGCGAAACCACUCGGUUUGUUCCUUGCCGACCCUACAGAGAUUUCUCGUUGGGCUCGACUGAACAUCCCAGCACAGCUCGCCGGCCAGCUUCUACCUGGUCCUGUUACUUUAAUACUGAAUCGAUUGCCCACUCUAACUCGCAGUUUUAAUCCAGACGUUGAAAACGUCGGCGUGCGGGUGCCUGAUUCGCCACUGGUUCGAGCCCUUUGUGCUCGUCUCGGUCGUCCGCUCGCUCAGACUUCAGCUAAUGUAAGUGGAUCUCCUGUGAAUCCCACUAGAAUUGAGGACUUUAGUGAUCUCAUGGAUCAGAUUGAUCUCGUACUUGAUGGCGGGGUCAUCGGAAGGGCUCCGGAUGGCUCCCGCAUUAGCAGUGAGGGCAGCACAAUAGUAGACCUUACCCAGGAUGAUUUCUAUUGUAUUGUGAGGGAGGGGUGUGCUUUGAAGCAUACGGAAGAGUUGCUCAGAGCCGCUGGUAUUCGUCCUCUUUGA